AUCAUCUCCUUAGACCAAAAUGGCUCCCACGCACACCCUCUUUGUCCUUUUUUCUUUUGUGGCUGUAGCUGCAUUGGUCUCAUCAGCAUCAAUGGUUGAGUCGUCGAGAUCAAUGUCGAACCCCUCUUCAAGCCUUUUGGUUCGGUUGAAGCUUGAGGGUGAACCUUCCAACUGCUGGGAGUCACUGUGGCAACUCCAAGCAUGCAGUGGCGAAAUUGUGACAUUUUUUCUGAAUGGUGAGACCUACCUCGGACAUGGUUGCUGCGCAGCAAUUAGGGUGAUCGGACAUGAUUGCUGGCCCAACAUCGUUGCCUCUCUGGGGUUCACCGACGAAGAGAGUGAUGUAUUGGAGGGUUACUGUGAGGAAGUUGUUCUUCAUUCUCCUCCUCCACCACCAAAAUCUAUGCUUCUUCCAUAAAGGAGUUAACUUUGGUGUUUGUGGUUCACCAUGAAUAACAAAUAAUAGUGUUUUUUUGUUUCAUUUUCAGUUUUAUGGAAAUCACGAUUAUG